UUUUCUUACGAGGAUGACUGACUGGUGACAAAGAAAACGGGGAGCCCCUCAGGCUUCGGUUGUCACCCGCUAGAACUUGAAGGAAGGCGUUUUGGGUGACCGGCUUGCUUGUACUUGGACCGCCAAAGCUUCUUUUUUUUUGGUCAUCAUUAUUUUUAGAGGGGAACCAUGCCUGUCCGGAGGGGUCAUGUUGCGCCACAAAACACCUUUUUGGGAGUAAUUAUUCGGAAAUUCGAAGGACAGAAUAAGAAAUUCAUCAUAGCCAAUGCCCGGGUACAGAACUGCGCUAUCAUCUACUGUAAUGACGGCUUCUGCGAGAUGACGGGCUUCUCCAGGCCGGACGUCAUGCAGAAGCCGUGCACUUGUGACUUCCUGCACGGCCAGUUCACCACCAGGCACUCGGUGGCUCAGGUGGCCCAGGCGCUGAUGGGCUCAGAGGAGCGCAAGGUGGAGAUCACCUACCACCGCAAGGAUGGUUCAAACUUCCUGUGUGUCACCCAUAUCAUCCCUGUGAAGAACGAGGAGGGCGUGGUCAUGAUGUUCAUCCUUAACUUUGAUUACAUCCUGGAUGAAGGCAGCAGUGACUCACUGGAGAGACUCAACCACACCACGCCAUCCAAAGCUGACCAGCGGAAAGGGAGAUUCUUUCGCUUCCGUUUCCCGGCCUUAACUCUCUUGGGCAUCAGCAAGCAGUCCCUGCCCCAGGAAGACCCCGAUGCCGUCAUGGUGGACUCCCCUCGCCACAGCGAUGGCUCAGUGGCUACGCGUGACUACCAACUUCCCACCACCCGCGAGAGCUGCAGUCCCUCCUACGCCAAUGACACCCGCGCCCUCAUCGACCCCAGCCACUGCUCCACCCCCGUGUCUGGGCCUUUGGACCACUCGUCGCCCAAGGGCCCCUGGGAUCGGACAUACCUGGACCAGUCCAUCACCCAGACCAAACUACAGAGCGAGGAGGAUACUGUCAUUGCAACUCCGUCAAUCCCGGGCCUCACUCCAACCGCCUCCAGAGAGAGUGUGUGCAGCAUUCGCAGAGCCUCCUCCGUACAUGACAUGGAAGGCUUUGGGUCCAACUCCAAGAUGGUGUUCAGAGACAGACACGCCAGUGAAGACAAUGGUCGCAAUAUGAAAGUAUCUCGCUCCUGGAUGGCUGGGGGGCCACUCAGCCAGAUCAAAUCCAGCCUGCUUGGUUCCACCUCCGACUCCAACCUCAACAAGUACAGCACCAUCAACAAGAUUCCCCUCAUCACGCUCAACUUCUCUGAGGCCAACAAUGAGAAGAAAUGCCCCUCCCCUCCAUCGUCUGAGAAAACCAUCAUCGCCCCAAAGGUCAAAGACCGCACACACAAUGUAACCGAUAAGGUGACACAGGUUCUUUCUCUGGGUGCAGACGUGCUGCCUGAGUACAAGCUUCAAACCCCGCGCAUGGACAAGUGGACCAUCCUUCACUACAGUCCCUUCAAAGCAGUGUGGGACUGGCUGAUCCUGCUGCUGGUCAUCUACACUGCCAUUUUCACGCCCUACUCGGCUGCCUUCCUCCUCAACGACAUCGAGGAGCAGAGGAGGCGGGAGUGUGGCUACUCCUGCUCACCCCUCAACGUGGUGGAUCUGAUGGUGGACAUCAUGUUCAUCGUGGACAUCCUUAUAAACUUCAGGACCACAUACGUCAACGCCAACGAGGAAGUGGUCAGCCACCCAGCCAAGAUUGCCAUCCACUACUUUAAGGGCUGGUUCCUCAUAGACAUGGUGGCCGCCAUCCCGUUUGACCUGCUCAUCUUUGGCUCAGGAUCAGAUGAGACCACCACUCUGAUUGGCUUACUAAAGACUGCCCGUCUCCUACGGCUGGUACGAGUCGCCCGUAAGCUGGACCGGUAUUCUGAGUACGGUGCUGCCGUCCUCAUGCUGCUCAUGUGCAUCUUUGCCCUUAUCGCCCAUUGGUUGGCCUGCAUCUGGUAUGCCAUUGGCAACGUGGAGAAGCCUUACCUGGAGCAUAAGAUUGGCUGGCUGGACAACCUCGGGGUGUCAAUAGGAAAAAAAUACAACUACAGUGAUCCCAGCUCGGGCCCCUCCAUCAAAGAUAAGUACGUCACAGCACUCUACUUCACCUUCAGCAGUCUGACCAGUGUGGGCUUUGGGAACGUCUCCCCCAACACCAACUCUGAGAAGAUCUUUUCCAUCUGCGUCAUGCUCAUUGGAUCUCUUAUGUACGCCAGCAUCUUUGGGAACGUGUCCGCCAUCAUCCAGAGGUUGUAUUCAGGUACAGCCAGGUAUCACCUCCAGAUGCUACGGGUCAAAGAAUUCAUCCGCUUCCACCAGAUCCCAAACCCACUGAGGCAGAGGCUGGAGGAGUACUUCCAACACGCCUGGACGUACACUAACGGCAUCGAUAUGAAUAUGGUCCUGAAGGGUUUCCCAGAGUGCCUGCAGGCGGAUAUCUGCCUCCACCUCAACCAGAACCUCCUGGAGGGCUGUAAGGUGUUUCACGGAGCCACCAAGGGCUGCCUCCGGGCCCUGGCCAUGAGGUUCAAGACCACCCAUGCUCCCCCUGGAGACACCCUAGUCCACUCCGGAGAUGUGCUGACUGCGCUAUACUUUGUCUCCCGCGGCUCCAUCGAAAUCCUCAAAGAUGACGUCGUAGUAGCCAUCCUUGGUAAGAACGACAUUUUUGGCGAGAUGAUCCACCUGUACGGCAAGCCGGGGAAAUCGUGUGCGGACGUGCGGGCGCUGAGCUACUGUGACCUCCACACCAUUCAGAGGGAGGAGAUUGUGGAGGUGCUGGACAUGUAUCCAGAGUUCGCCGACCACUUCCUUAAAAACCUGGAGCUGACCUUUGAUCUCCGUGAUGAAAAGAUGACGCGCUCACAAGCAACUGACUCGGACGACAUUGAGUGUCGGAGACGAGUGUCCUACAAAAGGAAAACCUCCACAGGCUCCCACAACAAGGAGCCAGCGGCCACCUACUGCGACACCAAGCAAGGGAGGCAGCUCUGCGCCUCCUUGGCCGCUGAGGAGAGGAGAGAGUCCGCUGACGAGGGAGAGGACGAGGAGGAGGAAGGCAGGGAGGAGGAAGAGGAGCAGAGGCCCUUGUGUUCUGGUGUACUGGGCUACCCGGUGGUUAGGGAUCACACCGUGGGACUCGGGCUGAGCAGCGCUCUCGAUGCACAGGCUGCCGGAGACAACACGCAGAGCCAGACAUAUAAAGAGCUCCAUGCAGACGAGUGGGUGCGUCAGCGUCCUGACGAGGUUGUGAAGGAGUCAGCCCAGUGUCGAGAGACGCCAGCCGGGGAGGACGACAGCGACACGGACCUCACCUACGGAGAGGUGGAGCAACGGCUGGAUCUGCUGCAGCAGCACCUCAACAGACUGGAGUCCCAGAUGACUUCAGACAUCCAGGCCAUCCUGCAGCUCCUCCAGAGGCAAACCACGUCUGGCCCCCCCGCCUACAGCACCGUCACCUCCAGCCCUGAGUACCAGAGGCCAGCCAUCAGGGUGCAGCCGGUGUCAGAGCUCUGCCUCGCUCCGGCUCCGCUCCGGCCACAGAGCCCCGGUCCAGAAAAGUCCCCGAACAAAUCCAAAGAUACCUCCACAGUCCUCCUUCACACAGAGACUCUUCCACACGGGAACUUUGCUGGACUGCUCGAGAGCGACACAGACGGCGAGCAGAGACCCACACAAAACGGCGUGGACUCUGUAGAGCAACACCACCACCAACAGCCACUGAGGUUCCCAUCAGGCCGACAGGCCUCUCUACCUGAUGUCCCCAGCAGCUCAGGAAUGUUGGGACUCCACAGGCCAGUUUCUGACCCGGGGCUUCCAGGAAAGUAGGCCUCCCCGAGCCCUUCGACGUCGACCGAAGGUCUUCUCUCAAGCUUGACUCAGGGUCUAAGAAAGAGACUGUAUAUGCAAAGGAAAACAAACUGUAGACUUUCUUCCAUCCCUUUUUGGAAAAUCUCCCAGCCCCCGCCCUUCCAGCUCUCUGAUUUAAAUGUAUAAAGUCCAUUUAUACAGAGGUAUUUAUACACUAUAUUAUUACCAUAUGUAAAGUCAUCAUCUACUGUGUACAUAUUUUAAAUAGAACACUGCCAGCAACAUGAGGCACCUAAUGUGAUUUUUCUGAAAGAGAUAUGCAUGUUUUUGUUUCUCAUGGAUUCUUUUCUCCUGUCGCAUGUUCCUCUCACACACACUGCAACUUACCAGGCAAUCAGAUGUGAUCUUGGCAUGCUUACAGACGACUGUAGCUAUCAAGUCUCAUUUUCUAUGACUCUUCCCUCUUCACAGGGACCAAGCUACUUGAAACUCGUUCCGAGGCAUUUCUAUACUCCACUCCACAGCUUUGAAGUUCAUCUUCUAUCAGCAGCUCCAAACGAUCGACGCAGUCACAAACUAUCUAUCUAAUCUAUCUGUAUAUUUAGCGUGCCUACUGUAAACAGCAUCGCCACAACAGAGCAAAAUCACGUCUUUUUCAGCUCAAAAAUACAGAACACAGCGUAGUGUUAAUGUGUGUAGAGGCUGUGUGGACAUCCAAUAGCACAACGAGACUUUGGUCAGUCUUUGAAAGCAAUAAUGAUGCAGUACUGGAAAUGAACAGAAUCUUGGUAUAUUUCUAGAGUUUAAUACACUCUGGAGAUAAUUGUAUACAACCUAAACAAAGAAAAAAAGCAUCUUUUAACAGCAUUUAUGUUGUGAAUUAAUUUGCUAUGUGAGUUUAAAAACUCAACCUUCACACAUGGGAUGUUUGAGUGGCAUGUUCAGACAACAAAAAGAAUGCUUCAAGUUGUGGAUUUAGUAGAUUUCAAAAACCAGAAUUAGCAUAUAACCACAUGUAUCUUAUCAAUAUUGCGUAAGCUUGGUUGUGGGGUAUUUGCGGUCAAAACUUGUAAGGGACAUCUACAGUUUGUCUAGGCAGUUUGGGGAUUUUAAUUAUUUCGCAACUGUUCUUCUGUGAAAGGAUGAUUGUAAAUGUAUUUCUUUGUCUGUGGCUCUACAGUAAAUCAUGGCAGAUAUUUUUUGGCGACUCAUCUUAUCAUCCGAAUCAAUUAUCUUCCAGCAGAAGGUGACAGUUUUUUCUUCCAGACCACUGUUCUCAGUCCAUCAUAAUUGUACAGUAGUUGUUCGCACUGGUUAUGCUGGGACCUGAGUUUGCUAUAGCUUUCUAUGCCACCAAUAUUUCUAACAUACAGUACUGUAAGUAGUUGCAAGUAUAUUAUUAACCCAUCAGAUUUUCAGACGACCCACAAAAAAUUUAGAAAAGAAAUCUUCAUUUUGCCUGUUGUGAUUGGUCCAUCCAGGUUCUGGCCAGCUGGAAAUCUGUUUGAAUGGGAGAGGGCCAGAUGUCUCUCCCAGAGCAAAUGAAACAUGAGCUGGCACAUUUCCCUGGUUUUCUCCAUCAUUCCGUCAUAGAAAAAGAACAGCUGUAGACAUAAAAUCCCCAAACUGCCUUGACAUAAUGUCCCUUACAAGUGUAUGUAAACUUUUGACUGGCAGACAGGAAGCAACAUCCUGAAUUUUCCAUAGAGCCGGCGCAAUCCCACACCAUAGUUUUUGGUUGCAUGCUUAGGGUCUUCCAUUGUCUUCUUAAAAAAGUACAAUUUCGUAAAUAAAAAAACACGACUAAGAAAGCAUCAUCAGAAAAACUAAAAUGUUUUUUUUCAUGUGUUGGGCCGAGGACACAGCUCAGCCUUCAAUAGCCUUAGCUUUAUAAGCCUGCUCUAGCCUUUACAAAUGACGUCAAUCCAAUGCAACAAAAACCUGCUUCUCCACCGUGACUGUAAACGUACUGAAACAAUUUAGGGUGAACUGCAUGACAAAAUUGAAUUAGUCAUUUAUUUAGUUUCCUAACUACACAAGUUCCAACACCCGCUCAUGUAUUGCAUGGAGACCGCACUUGACUAAAUUAUAAAAGGUCUCAAUCAACUGUGUGUGAUAUAUAUUGAUUUGUAAGGUACAGCACAUCAUCCAGAGAGAUUUAGAAAUAAUGGUUAGGCCUAUUUUUCUAAAACAAAAUUUCAUUUUCCAUUAUUAUUUUUCUAUGUACCUGAUAAUAAUUUUUAAAGCCCCUGAUGUUGGUUAGAAUGCUGUGGACUGCUGGUGGGUGAUGGGAAGGUGACGAAUGCAAUGCACAGCCUCUAAGUGUAGCAAGCAAGACUUCAGUGACAUGCUUUAAGCCGGGUGCUGCAUGUACUGUGUGCUGUUGAAAUAGUUUGUCUUGAUUUAAUAUUGCACAUUGAUUCUCAUAUCAUUUCUCCAGAGUUUCUACAUCCACUUUAAUCUUAUUGAACGUAAUUCAGCGUGUUGAAAUCCAACACUUUACUGUCAUCUAAAGCCUGGGCUUAAUGUUGUCCCCUGACUCCUUCAGCGGCAACCAGAGAAGUCAGAAAUAAUGAAGAAAUAGAUGGAUGAGAUAAAAGAAGAACCUUUACAGGACAAUCCAAGUGUUUCCAGCAGAGUGCAGGGUGUGUGUUUUUUGUUUUUUUUUCAAUAAGCUUUCUUUCUCGAGCACAGAUGUAGAACAAAAGUUGCUAAAGCCUAACUCGACACGUCCAACGCAUGAAGAGUCUACUGAACUUUCAUGGGAUUUGCAAACUUUUGCACAGAUUAAAAAAAGUUGCUGUACUGGAUAUAAAUGUCACUUUUUAAAA